AUCAAUUAAUUAACAAAGAUAGGAAGUUCUCUUACUUUUGUUUUGCUUGAUAAAGUAUAAAUUAUCGUAUCGAAUAAAAAAGAAGUCUUUUCUCCAUUUAUUACGUUUUAUUUUUAAUCUCCUAAAAUAAAAAUAUAAAAUACCAUGACUUAUUUAUUUAUAAUGUCAAAAGCACAUAGUCCUACUGUUUUUAAUGGAGAGGCUGACAAUUUUUAUGACCCAAAUUUUACUUUGGACAUUAACAAAAGGAUGCGUGUACCAAAAAGUAUUCGUGUGAGUGGCGACUACACAGAAGAAGAAAUAGCUGAUACCAAUGGUUCUAGCUGGAAUCAGAUUGUUGCAGGAGAUAAAUUUGAAAUGCAUGUUCCAGACAGAAUUUUAGUUGUUGGACAAGAACAACAUGUUGGAACUAGAGCACCACCAAGAGAAAUUACAUUAGAAAAUGCUGUUUUACCACCUGAAGCAGGCAUGGUUAGAGUGCAGACUCCACCAAGGAUUUUGACACUGGAUGACCAUUAUUUUCCAGCAGUUGAUGAAGAAGAACCAAAUUCAUACCCAACAGAAACUAAGGAUUCAUUAUCAUCUAAAUCACAUGGACAAUAUUCUACAGAAACACAAAUAGUUAGGUAUGCUAGAGAACAGACACCCUCAUAUAGUGCACUUAAUGUUUCUCUUCCACCUAGUGAAGAGAUACAACAUUUACGUCGGCAAGUAGGGAAAUUAAAUCGUCGAGUAAUGGCAAUCGAACUUGAGAUGUUGCAACGUCAACAAAGAGAAAAAAUUUUAUAUGCGUUAACAUUAACGUAUCUAAUUCUUAAAGCUUUUUCAUGGUUGACCAGAAACUGAAUUUAUGUUAAGAAAAUACGAAAUAUUUGUAUCUUGUGUGAAAAAAUGGAGCUCUUUAUCCAUAUAAAUACAAGAUAUUCUGGAAGAGUCUCCUUUGCUCCAAGAAGACAUUUGUAACCAAAGACUCUUUAUCUUGAAUAUGAAAUUACAACAUAUUCAAAGUAAAUGUAUGUAUCGUAUAUAUUCAAAAGUAAGUUACUCCUGAUACUUGCAUGAAAGUACUAUAAUUAAAAUUUUAAAUAUCUUAUAAAAUUCAAUGUUUGUUAUAUUUAUAUCAUUCUUUUUUAUUGUUUACUAUGAAUUGAAACUCUUUCUUGCUUAAUAUAUGUAAGAAAAUUGAAUAUAUACGAUACUAAUCUUUUUAAAGUAAUUGAAUUUGAAUGUUUAAGUAUGUUUGUAAAAAGUAAUUUGCAUGAUCAAAUAAGCAGAACAUGAUUUCUUUUGAUCUAUUAAAGAAUCCAUUUUACACGCAUAAUUGUAAUUGUUUAAAAGUAAUGAACUAUAAACAAAUAUCAGGCUUAAUUAUAGUAUGUGACAGAUAAUUGUAAAUUUGUAAAAGUAUGGAAAAUGAUGUUAUGAGAUUCUAGGUAUUGAAAUUGAAACUUUAAUUUUUAUUUCCUCAUUUACUGUUGUUUAAUUAUAUAUAUAAUUUAAAAUAUUAUAUUGUAGCACAAUGCAUUGAUAAAAUUAUAUAAUUAAUUAUUAUGAAUACUUAAUUUAAUUCUAUGUUCGACAUAUUUUUUGUGGCCAUGAUAUUCACACCAUUGUACAUUUAUAACAUAUAUAACAUAUUAUUAAUGAAAAAUAAAUAAUAAACUUGUAAUAAUUUUCUUUUAUUAAUACACGUGCUACAAAUUUAUUGCAACUAUUAUAGUUUACAUCUUUAAAGAUUGUUUAUAUGCUGUAAUAUAAACCUUGGCUUUUAAGAUAUUAUUAAAUUCAUAGCAAAUUUAGCAUCUGAAUAUAUUAAAGUUUGACAUCGAUUUCUUUUUAUUUACAACAAAAAAAAGUUUCUUAAAGUAUCUAUUUUCAAUUUAUCCAUCAAAUGAGAAACUAAUCUAUAUUUUCAGUAGAUAUCUAUCAAUAUAUGAUAUAAUAAAUGAAUGUAUCAAAAUGCAUAAAUAAAAUGAUAAUAAUAUUAUAUUA